GAGAGAGACACCGAGGAAGAGAAGACGAAGAAGAAGGCGACCAUGUUGAUUUAAAGCAAGAAGAAACACAAUAGAGGCGAUUUAUUUCAAGUAGAAAUCAGUUAAUAAAGCGAAUUGUAAAGGAAGCAGUUCAUCAAUCGCACACUGAGAACCCCUUGUAAAAUAUCAAAGAAACUAAGGCCUAUAACAUAGUUAUAGCAAACAAGCUGCAAAAGGAGCCCCUCUCAUCAGCCAACAGUUUACAACUUAGAUAUAUUCAACAUGUAAUGGUUACAAGUUUGAGUUGUUGGCUGACUUUGAGGAGGCAGCGGGUUGAUCACGGCCACACUCACACACAGACCUGAAGACCUGUGGUGUCCGGAGAGAGCGGGUAGAACACCUGGAGGAGAAAGAAAAAGAAACACACACUGAGACUCAAAAGGGGUGGAAAGCUUUUGGGCUUUGGACUAGAAAACCCCUUGUAUUUGUGAAUUCAAUUUUUUUCACACAGUGGAGUGACAUAUAUCCACACAGUGGAAAUAAACGGAGAGCGUUACGGACUAUGAUUUUGGGGAAGCACUUGUGCAAAGUUGGACAUCCUUUUUUUCAAGGACAGGGAUAUUGAGCAACUCUAUGGACUCAAAGUGGAAAGAGGAAAUAUUGUUCAAUUUACAAACAGAAGUUCAAGCGUUGAUUCAAGAUUAUAUUGAGAGGCUGUUCCCCAAGUUCAGAUUGCCUUAGUUGUUCUAUUUCAGGACUUGAACCGCUUUGAUACUUGUUCACAUAUAAUUUUUCUAUAUUGUGGGCAAGUAUAUUCAUGCAUAUGAAUGCAGAUUUCUCUUCAUUUUGAAGAGCUCUUGUGUAAAAACGUGUUUUUUGUUCUUGUACGUCAGUCACUCUGUUGUUGAAGGGGACCGAACUGCACGUACAUGUGUAUAUGUAAAUACUACAAAUUGACUUCUGUUGUAAAAGCUUUGGACUUAAAAAAAAUAGUAAAUAUUGUUUGUUAAUGCUUUAUUAAACUUUUUUACUUUUUGAAGAGAAUUUUUAAAAAGAGAAACCUAAGAGACAAAAAUCUAAUACUUUGAAGAAGAAACACAAAAGCAAAGAAAACAGGAAAAAUGGCAACGGCCAGAACAGAAAACAUUGGCCCAGUUGUCAUGGGACUGAACAAGCAGAAUGGGCAACUCAGAGGACAGACUAAACCAGCGUCGGUCCAGCAAGCACCCACAACUCAAGGAAAGACUUUGGGUGCACCCCAGGUAGCGGGUGGUGCUGCUCAGGACGGAGGAGGCAUCAAGUUUGGAGAUGACUGGAAAAAGAGCCUGAAGCUCCCUCCCAAAGACAACAGGGUCAAAACUUCAGAUGUGACGUCCACUAAGGGGAAUGAGUUUGAAGAUUACUGUCUUAAGAGAGAACUCCUGAUGGGCAUCUUUGAGAUGGGUUGGGAGAAGCCUUCCCCUAUCCAGGAGGAGAGCAUUCCUAUUGCUCUGUCUGGACGGGAUAUUCUUGCUCGGGCUAAGAAUGGAACAGGGAAAAGUGGAGCCUAUCUCAUUCCACUGCUAGAGAGAAUAGACUUGAAAAAGGACCAUAUACAGGCACUUGUCAUGGUGCCCACCCGUGAGCUCGCACUGCAGGUAAGCCAGAUCUCCAUCCAGAUCAGCAAACACCUGGGGGGAGUCAAAGUCAUGGCCACCACCGGGGGCACCAACCUGCGAGAUGACAUCAUGCGCCUGGAUGAGACUGUGCAUGUGGUUAUUGCCACACCUGGUAGGAUCCUGGACUUGAUAAAGAAGGGAGUGGCAAAAGUGGACAGAGUCCAGAUGAUGGUGAUGGAUGAGGCGGAUAAGCUGCUGUCUCAGGAUUUUGUGGUGCUCAUCGAGGAUAUCAUCAGCUUCCUGGCCAAAAACAGGCAGAUUCUGCUCUACUCUGCAACCUUCCCCAUCAGCGUACAAAAGUUCAUGGCCAAGCACCUUCAGAAACCCUAUGAGAUAAACUUGAUGGAGGAGCUUACUCUGAAGGGCAUUACUCAAUACUACGCCUACGUCACAGAGAGGCAAAAAGUCCACUGCCUCAACACACUGUUCUCCAGGCUUCAAAUCAACCAGUCGAUUAUCUUCUGUAACUCCACUCAGAGGGUGGAGCUUUUGGCCAAGAAGAUCACUCAGCUGGGCUAUUCUUGCUUCUACAUCCAUGCUAAAAUGAUGCAGGAAUACAGAAACAGAGUGUUCCAUGACUUCAGAAACGGACUGUGCAGAAACCUGGUCUGCACUGAUCUCUUCACCAGGGGUAUUGACAUCCAGGCUGUAAAUGUAGUCAUCAACUUUGACUUCCCGAAAAAUGCAGAGACUUACCUCCAUCGUAUUGGAAGAUCAGGGAGGUUUGGUCACCUUGGCUUGGCCAUCAACCUGAUCACAUCGGAGGACCGCUUCAACCUGAAGGCCAUAGAAGACCAGCUGGUGACCGACAUCAAGCCCAUUCCCAGCAGCAUCGACAAGAGCCUCUACGUGGCCGAGUUCCACGCGUCCGGCGCUGACUGUGAUGUGGAGGAGAUUGAGGAGACACCUGGACGCCAACAGGACACCACCUAAAACAGGACACACCGGGCUUUUGCACAGACAUCAGCGCUUGCACACAGGCUUCAGGCAACUCAUAAGUUUCCCAUUUCUCACACAUUUAUCUUUUAGAGCCUGUUGAAUGGAUCUAAAGGCCUUUUUUUUUUUUUUUUCUUCCCCUAUCUGUUCCUCAAAGAAAGCUGCCUCAUUCUUUUUUCUUUUCUUUUUUUAAUUGAUAAACUAUAUUGUUUUGCACCAAACUCAGAAUGUACCAUGCAUCCUGAAAAUGAGUUCAGCAUGUUUCGUAGGAUUUACCUUGGGUAGACAGCACUUGCUGUUGAAACACAGGCCGCAGAGCAAAUGUCUAUCAAAGCUGUUUUGAACCUGUCGUUCUUGGUAAAGGUUUUCAUUAACCGCAGCGAGGUUGGUCUCUUGCUAAAGUUACAAUGGUGCACUUACCACCAGCCAUCGUUUUGUCCACUUACACUGUUGUUGUCACAAAGUGCCUUACUUACUGCCAUGUGCACUCAUCCAUUCAUAGCCUGCUGUCUUCUGUCACGCAGCAGAGUACGAGCACAAAUAUGGUGAAUUUAAUAGUAACCCUAGUUUAUUUAAACAUCCAUUAUGCAAGGGAAAAAGACAACAAUCGCACACCCUCUCCUGCUGAGAGAUGUGUUGAAACACGGCUCAAACUCCUAAAAACCCAUCCUGAAUGUGAACGUUUUAUUUUUAAUGUGAACAUUGCAAUAAAAAAAGGGCAGCUUUAUUUAAAUACUGCGUGACUGUUUCUCCCUUUUACUAUGAAUAAUAUGAGCAGAGUUAAUACGAUAAGACGGCAAAAGACACAAGCCCCCAUACUGAUUCAUGGAUGUUAGCCUGCAACCACCACAACAGCACGGGAGAUGAAUAGAAGCCUCAUGCUGUUACUUUGUGGUCAUUGCUGGUGAGGUUGCCCGCACGCCGCUUUAAUUUGGAUGUUCUUUUCCAUUAAAAUGAUCAUAUUGGGCUGGUGAAUACUCUUAACCCAUCUGCCACUGAAACUGGUAGAAGAAAAAGAAGUUUCCACUCCCGCAAGCUGCAACAGCAAAGAACUAAUGCAUCAGAGGCUGGUUCAGAACAGUUGUGAUAGUAACGUGCCAUUACCAAGCUGAUACACUAUUAGGUAUCAACGGGUCCCAGGGAUACAUUGUUUUUGUAGAAGUUGGUGCAAAACUAUAGUUUGAAUGCUUCAGAUUCUGUUAAAAUGUGUGGGAAUACCAGUUGGAAUUAGUGGUUUUUUUUAAUUUAUUUUUUUAUAUACAUAAAAACCCCAAACAUGACAAAAUGGAAGUUGGUGAAUGUAUUAGUUGCCAAUGUGAAUAUUCUCUAGCACAGUGGUUGAAUGCCAAGCUCUUGAGCAUACUUGACAUUUUUCUUGCUGCUGUUGCAUUAGAAACUCCUCUUCCGGCUUUGCUGUUAUGAAAUGACGUACUGGAUAUGAAAUGGUGUCGUAGACUACAAGGUGAUGAAACCUGCUCGGCCUAUAAAGGAGCACAUUGACCUUCAACUGAACCACAACUAAAAUUAGAAAAAGUUUUCUUUCUGCAGCAGCGAUACCUUUUUUUUUUUUUUUUUUUCUCUCCCUUUCUUCCCCCAGCACAGCUGUGUUUUAUAAAAAAUAUCAAUGUGAGGGGUGGGCUCUGUGUUUUCAAAGCAAAAUUGUAGCAUUUCUGAACAGGCAGCUGUGACUUCUUUGUUUUUGUCCUCCCCUUUACGGAGCAUCACUUAAGAUAG